UCUCUUGUAUCGCGAGAACUUCUCCGUGGCUGUCCGAUAGCAGGGCCUGCUAACAACGCUGUAGGGAGGUGUGCAGAACCAUGGAGUACAUGACAGGAGCCAGCGACCGCAGCCCUGGACACAUCUUGUGCUGUGAGUGUGGUAUUCCGAUUAGUCCAAAUCCUGCCAAUAUUUGUGUGGCCUGUUUGAGAAGCAAAGUAGACAUCAGCCAAGGUAUUCCGAAGCAAGUCUCGAUUUCUUUCUGCAAACAGUGUCAAAGAUAUUUCCAGCCACCAGGAACUUGGAUACAGUGUGCUUUAGAAUCUAGGGAACUUCUUGCUUUAUGUUUGAAAAAAAUCAAGGCCCCUCUAAGUAAGGUACGGCUUGUAGAUGCAGGCUUUGUUUGGACUGAGCCCCAUUCUAAGAGACUUAAAGUCAAACUGACUAUUCAGAAAGAGGUGAUGAAUGGUGCUAUCCUUCAGCAAGUGUUUGUGGUGGAUUAUGUUGUUCAGUCCCAAAUGUGCGGAGACUGCCAUAGAGUAGAAGCUAAGGAUUUCUGGAAGGCUGUGAUUCAAGUCAGGCAAAAGACUUUGCACAAAAAAACUUUCUACUAUCUGGAGCAGUUGAUUCUGAAAUACAGAAUGCAUCAGAAUACACUUCGCAUCAAAGAGAUUCAUGAUGGCCUGGAUUUCUAUUAUUCCUCAAAACAGCAUGCUCAGAAGAUGGUAGAGUUCCUUCAGUGUACCGUUCCUUGUAGAUACAAAGCCUCACAAAGAUUGAUCUCUCAGGAUAUCCAUAGUAACACGUAUAAUUACAAAAGCACUUUCUCUGUGGAAAUUGUUCCCAUAUGCAAGGAUAAUGUUGUCUGUCUGUCUCCAAAACUGGCACAAAGCUUGGGAAAUAUGAACCAGAUUUGUGUGUGUAUUCGAGUAACCAGUGCCAUUCACCUCAUUGAUCCAAACACCCUACAAGUUGCAGAUAUUGAUGGGAACACGUUCUGGAGUCACCCUUUUAAUAGUCUGUGCCAUCCCAAACAGCUAGAGGAGUUUAUUGUGAUGGAGUGCAGCCCAGUCCAAGAUCUGAAGCGCAGUGCGGGAGCUGGGAUGGUAUCAAAAAAGCACACCCUUGGGGAAGUCUGGGUACAGAAAACGUCUGAAAUGAACACAGAUAAACAGUAUUUCUGUCGCACUCAUUUGGGACAUCUGCUGAAUCCUGGAGACCUGGUGUUGGGGUUUGAUUUGGCCAAUUGUAACUUAAAUGAUGAACAUGUCAACAAAAUGAACUCAGAUAGAAUUCCAGAUGUGGUGUUAAUCAAGAAGAGCUAUGACCGAGGUAAACGUCAGCGUCGUAGAAACUGGAAGCUGAAAGAGCUCGCGCGCGAGAGAGACAACGCGGACACGGACGAUGAGAGGCAAUACCAGGAUUUCCUCGAAGAUCUUGAAGAAGAUGAGGCAAUUAGAAAGAAUGUCAACAUUUAUAGAGAUUCAACCAUCCCUGUGGAAAGUGACACAGAUGAUGAGGGAGCACCUCGAGUUAGUCUGGCUGAGAUGCUUGAAGACCUGCACAUUUCCCAGGAUGCCACUGGUGAAGCAGGUGCCGCAAUGAUGACAUGAGAUGGAGUUGCAGGCUCCACGUCUGAGGGGUCAGAAGCUGGACUGAGCAGCACUCCUGGGUCUCUUCCAUCUGUGCCUCCAUAUUGUGAGAGGAGAAAUUUAGUUUUAAACCUGAAUAAAUAAUGACUAUUUUGGUGGCUCACUCAAAACACUGAAAAAGAUUGGUGGGUUUGAACUUUUAGAUAGUAAAAGAUUAUGGAGAUUAUAAUUAUUACUGACAUUUAGGCCAUUUUACAUACGGAAUUUUAUCACUGUGCUUUUUUUUUAUACGAGGCUCUGUAGUAUUUUCACAUACUAUAGUGCUGGAUAUAAAAGCUCAAAGUUGGGAUUCCUUAGAUGUUAACUAAAUCUUUAUUCAUAAGUCAAGUUUUUAACAUUCUGUUUACAUUAAUUGCUUUAGUAGAAGAGCAUAUGAGUAAUCAUUUUUAAUAUUAACUUGCUAGGCACUUUCAUUUACUUUAGAUCAUUUUUAUGGCCUUGGGGUAGUUGGGGUUCAGCUGGUCACUGGACUUUCAUGAAGAAAGUUAAUCUUUAUUUCUUCAUAAAAUUAACAUCUUCAAAAGCUAUUAAACUGAGGGCUAUCCUCAUUUUUAUGAUAGCAGAAAGAAAUAUAUUUAAAUAUUUAUGGAUUUGAAGCAAAUACCAUAGACCAGUUAUUUAAAGGUUAAGGAACAGUUUGUUCUUGCCUGUACCUUUAGGUUAUCUUAAACUUUGAUGCAUUAAGCUUAAGUCAAUAGCUGCUUAAUAAAAAUGUCUUCCUAUCAUGUUAAAGAUUUUACUUUUAAAAUUCUGAUUUACAAAUGGAGGAGGAAGGAAUUUUCUCUCUGUAAAUUUCUACAUUGAGCACAUCUCCAUGAAAAGGUUAGGUUACCGCAUGAAGAUGAGGAAAUAAUAAAUAUGGUGUACAUCCUUAUAAAACCAUGGAUCAGAUUUGAAUGAAGAAUGCCUUCUACAUUCUUGAAAAAAAAAAAGUCUCAGAAGACUUUAAAUAUUAAGAUGCUGUUUUUAUAAGGAAGAGCAAACUUACUAAGUGUGCCAGGACUAAGAGCUAAUUCAUUCAUUCCGCGUAUACCACUACAUAAAGAGCUUGAGGCUGGGCACACUGUGGUUGGCACCUGUAAUCCCAGCACUUUGGGAGGAUCAUUCAAGGCCAGGAGUUUGAGACCAGCCUGAGCAACACAGCAAGACCCUUUGUUUAUGAAAAAUAAAAAAAUUAGCCCAGUGGGAUUGCGUAUACCUGUAUUCCUAGCUACUCAGAAGACUGAGCCAGGAGGAUUGCUUGAAUCUGAGGGUUUGAGGUUGCAGCCCCUGCACUCUGUCUGGCCUGGGCAGCAGAGUGAGAUCCUGUCUCUGAAAGAAAAAAGAAAACAAAAGCCAAAAAACAAACAAAACAUUGAGCAAGUGCUGCUGCCUGGGGCAUUUCUUUUGUUAAGAUUAGAUUCCCCAGUUUUCAAAUUACAAGUAAAGGCCACUUUCCAUAGCGCCUUCCGUCCUGCCCGGUGGUGGUCUAGUAGGGAUGGUUCUUCUAGCUCUUCAGAGAUGAGCAUGGGCACAGGCGGUUCUCACUUCUGAUCUGUGUUUACCUCUAUUAUGUCAAGAUUUUAAAAAGCACAAAAAUAAAAACAUUGUUGCUCCUCCUUUUUUUCGUUCUUGCAGUGGUUACAUCAGUGUCAUAUAUAUAAAAGAGGGUAUCUCAUUCAGUUUUUCAAAGUGGAAUUAUGUUACUUAAGUACUUAACAUGAUUUUCCCACGAAAAAUAUAGUUUUCCAGUAACUUUAUUUAAUCAGUCUUACUCCUUUUGAUGGUGUAUCUUUAUGAGUAUUAAAACCUGUUGUUAAGGGUGGCACCUGUGGCUCAAAGGAGUAGGGUGCUGGCCCCUUAUACUGGAGGUGGCGGGUUCAAACCCAGCCCCUGCCAAAAGCUGCAAAAAAAAAACCCCAAAACAAACAAACAAAAAAACUGUUGUUAAAAAAAGGCUGUGCCAAGGUGACAGAAAAUAUAGCUGAGUGAAAAGCUGUCAUCCAGGAGUUACCUGGAGUUGAAACAGCCUUGAUAAAUUUACCAUUUCCCAGUUUGGUUCCCAUAGUAAAGAGGCUCGUGGUCCCACAGUGCUCUCUGAUGUCUGAGAGUUGACGUGGGCUGAGAAGGCUGCUAUCAUGUGCACAAGAAGCUUAUUUGUCACUGAUUUAGAAAUAUGACUUACAAAUCAGUAUGAUCAUUGUUUGAAGGUGCUGUUCUUUAAUUAAAAGUCACUGAUGAGCAAGGAAGGAGUUGAAGCAGAGAAUUGCUUGUGCAGUUGAGAUGUUUAACAGUGUCAGGCUUACCUCCCCACCACAGCGGAACCCAGAAACUCCAGGCUGUGUGACAGGACAACACACCUCCCUGGUCAGUACUAGAGUUUCUCCCUAGGCUUUUUUUUUUUUUUAAUUUUUCCUACAGAUAAGGUCUUGCUCUGUCACCCAAGCUGGAGUGCAUUGGCUUGGUCAUAGCUCAUUAGCAGCUUCAGACUCCUGGUUUCAAGUAGUCUUCCCACCUUGGCCUCUCAAAAGUGGUAAGUGCACAGGCGUCACCACUGUACCUGGCCAGGACCCUUAAUUUUAGUGAAUGUGUUCAUGUUGAGUCAAUCUUUAGGUAACUUAGUAUGUUUUUUCUUUUCUUUUUGAGACAGAGUCUCAAGCUGUCGCCCUCGGUAGAGUGCUGUGGUGUCACAACUCACAGCAACCUCAAACUUUUGGGCUUAGGCGAUUCUCUUGCCUCAGCCUCCCGAGUAGGAGGGACUACAGGCAUCCACCACAGUGCCUGGCUGUUUUUUUUUUGUUGCAGUUGUCAUUGUUGUUUUAGCAGGCCAGGCCUGGGUUCGCACCUGCCAGCCUCAGUGUAUGUGGCUGGUGCCCUACCCACUGAGGUAUGGUAUGCUAUGCCACCUUGGUAUGUUAUUUUUAGCUUAUUUAGUUUAUUUCUAAAUAACAAGGGACAUUUACUUUUUAAGACAAUUUAUUUUCAAUUUUGCCAUAAUUUCAGAGUUAUAAAAAGGUUGCAAGAUUUCCUGGAUACCUUUUACCCAGAUUUUCCCAGAUUGCCAAAUGUAAACAUUUUCUCUCAUUUGUUUUAUUUACCCCUCAUUAAAUAUUUUUUUCUAACUCAUUUAAAGAGUAAAGUACAGAUGUGAUCCUUCUAUACUCUAAAUAUUUCAGUGUUUCCCCACCAUCCAAGAAGGAAUUCUCUCUAAUCAUAGUUCAGGGAUCAAAAUCAGAAGUUUACCAUUGACACAAAACUGUUAUCUGACGGAUCAGACUAUAUUGUGAGUUUGUCAGUUACUCCAGUAAAGUCCUACAGAAGAACGCGUCUCAGGGCUUGCUGUGCUGUGUGUUCUCACUCCUCCUCGGUCUUCCUCAGUCCAGACGGUUCCUGAGUGUAAGUUUUAUGUGCUUGACUUUUUUCUUCUUUUUUUUAAUUCCUCAGACUGGGGGUGUAAUUGAAUUUUAUAGAAUUGACGUCAGUUUGGGUUUGACGUUUUCUUGUGAUUAAGUUUUGUCCUUUUGGCAGGAGCACCUUGGGAGUGACGUCAGAUUCUUAGUGCGCUGCAUCGGGAGGCAGGAGCUGUUGAUGAGUGGGUGUUCCAAACUUCUCUGGGUUAGUGGUUGGUUGGUUGUAAGGUAGAGAUUUUCCUAUUUCUUUUUCUUUUUUUUUUUUUUUUUUGAGACAGAGUUUCACUAUGUGGCCUUGGGUAGAGUGCUAUGGCAUCAUAGCUCACAGCAACCUCAAACUCUUGGGCUUAAGCGAUUCUCUUGCCUCAGCCUCCCCAGUAGCUAGGACUACAGGCGCCCGCCACACCUGGCUGUUUUUUGUUGCAGCUGUCAUUGUUUAGCAGGCCCGGGUGGCUUGAACCCACCAGCUUCGGUGUAUGUGGCUGGCGCCCUAACCGUAGAGUAAGGGUGCCGAGCUGAGAUUUUCCUUUUUCGUGUAUCUGCUUAUUCGUUUGUUUUUUAUACCAAUGUGGACUUCUGUAUUUUUAACUCAGUAGGAUUUAAUCCUUUAUGAUUGUUAUUUUCACUGACUUUUUGAAAAAUCAUUUUCAACUUAUAGAGUGGUAUUUACUCUUUGAUUUACAGGUCUUUAAAUUUUAACGCACAGAUACCUAAUCAUCACAAUUAAAAUACAGAACAAAUCUAUCAUAACCUCCCCCAAAAAACCAACCUUUGUCCUUUUUCCCCUAAACUCUUCUUCUGUCCCUAACUUCUGUCAACUCCUGAUCUGUUCUCUGACUUUUAUAGCUUGCUUUUGCCAAAAUGUCAUGUAAGUGAAAUCAUACAGCACCUUGCCGAUUAGGUCUUAUUUUCUUAGCAUGGUACACUUAAGGUUCAUAAAAGCUGUUUGUUAUAUUCUGUACAUUGAGAGUUUGUUCCAUUGUAUAGUGUACCCAGUUCAUCCAUUCCUCUGUUGAGGCACAUUUGAGUGAAACUGCUAUGAACAUUUCUGUACUAGGUUUACUUGCGUAAGUAACUUGAGAUGGGAUCGUUGGAUCCUGUAGUAAGUAAAUCCUAUGUUUAAUUUACUUUUUUGUUUGUUUGUUUUUUAAUUUCAGAUUAUUACGAGGGUACAGACAGUUAGGUUACAACGUUGGCAUUUGUCCGGUGCGGCCCCUGCUGUAGUUGUGGCCCUCGCCGGAGGUAGGCCCUGUACCCUGCCUGCUUUGUGCCAUCAGGUGGGAGCACAGUCCUCCCCUCCCCGCUUCCUCCCGGACAGACUGGUUUCCUAAGUGGCUUGUGCCUUUGUGCUUUCCCCCCAGUGGUGGGGGUUUCAGUCACUCUGCCACCUUGUUAUUGGCUGGUGGUAUCAGUUGCUUUUUAAAAAGCGUGCCAACAGGUGGAUCGUGGUGUCAAUUGUGUGUUAAUCUGCGCUCCUCUAGUGGCUGACAACCAUGCUGAGCAUCUUUUCACGUUCUUAUUUAUCCAUAUGUCUUUUUUGGUAAAAUAGCUGUUCAGAUCUUUCUUUCAUCUGUUUUUAACAUUUGAGUUGUGUCUUAGCUUGGGCAGCCGUGACAGAGUACAUAGACUGGCUGGCUUAAACAACAGAAACUUAGGUUUUGAAGUUCUGGAGGCUGGGAGGCCUGAGAUCAGGGAGCCCACGGCCAGGUUGUGGUGAAAGCCUUUUGUGGUUUGCACACAGAGCUGGCUGCUAUGUCUUACCCUUCAGAAGAGUACUGACCGCAUUGUGAGGGCUGCACCUUCCCAACCUAAUCACCUAUAAAGUCUCUACUCCUUAAUGCCAUCCAGUGGGGGUUAGGGAUUCAACACGGUUUCAACAUUAAUGAACAAACACUCAUCUUUCACAGGUGGGUUGCUUUCUUAGUGGGUUACUUGUUUCUUUUAAUGUUUGUGUUUUUCCAGAGACAGCAGUUGGUGCUCCUUCAAGCUGGGUCCUUGCUCUGUGCUUUUGAUAAGAGCUUCUUUAUUAAUACCCAAAAUAAAUUAACUGGGAAAAAUUAAGGGUCUAUAUAGCUUCUGAGAUGGCAUGUUUUAGUUUUUGUGGUUAUUCAAACAUUUCUGCAAUCGCACGUAGGCUCUCUGACUUUAUUUGGCAUUUCCGUGUCAGGCAUUGCUCUGAAUGCUCAGUGUUUUUAACUCAUUGAAUCCUCAAAACUACUGUAGGAGCUAAGUACCGUAAUUAACCCAUUGUGUGAACUGAGCCAUGGAGAGUUAAAAAAUACUGGCCCAGAGUCCAUGACUGGUCAGUCAGAGUGCCAUAUUCAAACUCUAAAGGAGCCUCGGAGCCCACUGUAAACCACUGUCGUGCUCUGCAAGCCUGCUCAGACCGAAGGACCCAGUGACGCCGCGACGUCAUUUUGGGCUUUUUGGGCUUUCAUCUUCCAUUUUUAGAAAACUGGAAGUUC